AUGCCAACUUCUUUCAUUCCAUUGGAAGCGGUAAAGAAGAUGAUGAAAGUUCUUGAUUUGCUAAAAUCCAUUGGAGCUAUGUCAAUGUGUAACCAUGCUGUUGCAAAUGAGGGUUUGAAAGAAGUCUCGAAUAGAGUUGACGAGUUUGGGAACACGAUGUCUUCCAAUAGAGAGUGUGUUCAAGUACUUAGAUUCCUUUUUGAAACAUUAAAUCUUCCAAAUUUCACUGAACCCCAUGAAAUUCGGAGUUUUUGCUUGCAAAACACGUGCUUGAUAUUUUGCACUGCUUCAAGCUCGGCUACAUUGCAUACAGAAGGGAUGGGACCACUGGAAUUGUUGGUUAUUGACGAUGCUGCUCAGCUCAAAGAAUGUGAAUCCACUAUUCCUUUGCAGCUCUCUGGUCUCCGUCAUGCUAUACUCAUUGGGGAUGAACGGCAACUACCUGCAAAUGUUCAAUACAGGAUAUGCCAGCCGGCUGAAUUUGAAAGAAGCUUAUUCGAGAGGCUGGUGAUAUUAGGGCACAAGAAGCAUCUUCUUAACGUCCAGUACAGAAUGCAUCCAUCAAUAAGCUUGUUUCCAAAUAGGGAGUUCUACGAAAGUAGGAUUUUGGAUGGUCCAAAUGUCAAAGAACAAGCGUACGAGAGGCGUCUUCUUCAAGGAAGUAUGUAUGGAACCUAUUCUUUCAUUAACGUAAGCCAGGGAAUGGAGGAGUAUGAGAAGCAAAGCAUGAAAAAUAUGGUGGAGGUGGCUGUGGUUUCCGAGAUUGUUGCAAGCCUCUCUAAAGAAUGUGUGGCAGCAAAACAGAAGCUCAGGGUUGGUUGCUUAUCGCCAUAUCAAGCUCAAGUACUUGCUCUCCGAAAAAAACUAGGGGAAACAUACAAUACAGAUUCAUACCCUGACUUCACGGUAUACGUCCAAUCGGUUGAUGAGUUUAAAGGUGGUGAGGAGGAUCUCAUAAUUAUCUCUACCGUGAGAUGUAAUGGGCAAGGAUCUGUUGGAUUUCUUUCCAAUCGUCGAAGAACAAAUGUGGCUCUCACUCGCGCAAGGCAUUGCCUCUGGAUAGUGGGCAAUGGUGCUACUUUGAUUACCAGCGGCUCUGUUUGGAAGGAACUUGUCGUCGAUGCCAAGGCUCGGGGUUGCUUUUAUGAUGCUAAUGAUGACAAGAACUUGGCUCAAGCUGUUGAAGGUGCCUUGGUUGAGCUUAACGAACUUGACGCGUUACGCAUAACUGAUUCACAGAGGUAUCCUAAUACUAGAUGGAAGCAAAAUCCAUUUCAGAUGCGUUAUUCUGAGCCAGACAACCGUGAUUGGCGUCGUCGGUCUGCUCCAUUUCCUACAUCUGGAGGGGAGCGAUCCUGGGAAACCAACAUUCGAGAGAAAAGAGAGUUGGGUUGCCUGUUUAAUCACCAAGACCAACUCAACUCGCAGUUUCCAAGGGCACAAAUAUCUUCUAAACAAGGGGUCGGUGCUGCUGCUGCUCUAAUCAAGGCUGAGAUGCCAUGGUCAACUCGAAAGGGGACUCUGUCUGAGAAGGAGCAUGUCUUAAAGACAGUGGAAGGGAUACUGAAUGAGCUGACCCCGGAGAAAUUUGAUCUUCUCAAGGGUCAGCUAAUUGAUUCUGGGAUCACAACUGAUAUUCUGAAGGAGGUUACCUCCUUGAUUUAUGAUAAGGCUGUCCUGAAUCCAACGGUUGGUCCCUUGUAUGCCCAGCUGUGUUCGCAUCUUGAUAAAAAGCUCCCACCUUUCCCAUCUGAUGAACCUGGUGGGAAAAUCACGUUUAAGCAUGUCCUUUUGAAUAAUUGCCAAGAGGCAUUUGAAGGCACAGAUAAAAUUCGGGAAGAAUUAACACAGACGACUGCUUCUGAGCAAGAGUUGGAACGUAGAGAUAACGAUAGAAUGAUGAAGAUUCGCACUCUUGGAAAUAUCCGUCUAAUUGGGGAGCUUUGGAAGCAAAAGAUGUUGACAGAUAGGAUUGGUCAUGAAAUAAUUUGGAAACUUUUGGGGCAUGAUACUAAGACCUGUCCUGAGGAGGAAAAUGUAGAGGUCAUAUGUGAAUUCUUCAACACUAUCGGUAAAAAACUUGAUGACACCCCUACGUCGCGGCAUACAAAUGACAUCUACUUUAGCCGAUUGAAAGAACUGUCAACAAAUCCCCAGCUGGCUCCACAAGUAAGGUCCAUGGUUCAUGAUGUUAUUGAUCUCCGUGCAAGUAGUUGGAUUCCCAAGCGCGAAGAGGUAACGAUGCAUUACUCAUCCAUUGCUGUUGUUUUGUGGGUCAUGCUAAUGACAACCAGCUGAGGUUCUUUAUUUUUUAUUUUUUGGAACUGGAUAAUUUUAUAAAGGGAUCGCGCCCCAAAACCUCAAGGAGAUGGCCUUGAGAGAAAACUAACCAUACAAAAACAGAGAAACAAUACAAUACAGAGUGAAUCAACACAACACAAUACACAGGACUCUAAUCACCAGGUUGAAACCAUAGCAAGGCCUCGGAAGCCCAAAAAACCAUCUCUGGAAUGCCCCACUGCUUACAGAUUCUGAUAUUGCCAGGGGUCCUGGGAAUCCUUCUCCAUAACAGCCAGCUGAGCUGUUAUUAAGGUGAAGAAAAUUUCAAAAUAAGUCAUGGGCCACUUUUCACACCUUACUACCCAAUUUUUUGAAGGAACUUUUGCCAACCACCUCAUACUUCGUGAUACAUCUUCGUCAUACUUUUUUUACAACCACCUCAUAUUUCUUGCAGAUGUAUCAAGGCGGCAAUGUUGUAACUUGUAACAUAACAACAUAAGCGUUCCCAAAUUGCAUCAACUAGUAAUUCCCUUCCCGGUCCUACAAAAUUACAAUAGAGAAUUUAAAAGAUGAAGUUGACAAAAUAGCUGCUAUAGAGAAGUGAAUCACAAUUGUAAACACAUCCUAUUAGAAAUUAGAUGUAACUAUCAUGUACCAAUUAUUGUACAAAAGUGCAUCAGUUUCCACACCCUUGUCUUAAAGGUGCGCUGGGCCAUUUUGUGCAUGUAAGCGAUGAAGAACCAUUUUGUGCGUGUUCCCCCGAAAAUGGCCAUCUGCCUCUAGCCUUUGGUGGUUUGUCUUCAGUGGAUGGUUGAGGGUUGAUUGAGUAAUUUUGUUGCAUUUCCGGAUUACGAUAUUGCCCUUAUCAGACUUUUUAGAUUUUCCGUUUGUGUCCUAUGAAUGUGUCUUUGUUCUGUUGUGGUUUGGUGGGGCCUUUUGGGUAAACCCAUAAUAUUGCACAUGACGGACGUUGGCUUCCUCUUCCCUAACCUACUCUUAGGCUGCCCCCAUAGUGCAUUAGAGUCCUUUGAAAAUUUGCCUCCCCAAGAAUCAGAAUCAGAAUUCUGAUAAAAAAAAAAAAGAAUCAGAAUCAGAAUCAGCAUCAAAUCUUGCAUUACACGGAUACAAAUCUCUCUCGAAAUCCUUCGGCCCUCGCUCUAAAUCUUCCUCUCUCUGCUUUUGAUCCUCCACAACAUCAAGUCUUGCAUUACACAGGUACAAAUCUCUCUCAAAAUUUUUCUGCUUCUGUUUGUGAUCUCAGGAUUUGGAUCACAAACUUGCUCUGAAUCUCCCUCUCUCUUCUUAUGAUUCCCCGCCUUGUGAAGUAAGUUGUUUGAUUAGUUCCCAGUUGUCAAAUUGUGUUGUGUUCCGAGUGUGUUGUCUGGUAUUGGUUUAUGUUUUCUUGAUGGUGCAUCGAUCAUUGGUCUCUGUUUUCCUGUCUGUUUCAGAAAACAAAACUCACCAGUUCUACCAGUGCUUGCCUCCUUCUCUGUUUUGCUAUGUACGCUGUGGGUAGUAAUAAUAAUCAUAAUCACUUUAAACAGCCUUGCUAAAUUGAAAAAAUCCCCUUCCCCUGCAUUUGGAGGACUGAUUUCGGUUGGCAAUGUUGCGUUUAUAUCUGAUGCAAUGCUUAUGAACAGUAAGCAAUCAGAGCCAACACCUUUAGCUUGGGAAACUUCGGAUUCCUGAUUGUAAAAACAGUGAAAGCAAACAAGAAACUGGUCAACUUACACCUCCAUUUUUAUUUUCCUAGAUUUAGAUUUAGAUUCAGAUGACAAUGCAUAUAGUGUGCAUAUUUUUGAAAGAAUCUUCAGUGUUCAUUCUGGUUGUUAAUUGCUCCUUGUAAUUUUGACUGGUCUUUCGCUUGUGUUUGGGUGUAAAGAAGGUAAAUUCAUGGCCUUGCUAUGAAGGAAAGGGAAAGGGAAGCCUUGUUGUUAAUGAAGAGUGUUCGGCUAUCAGUUGUGGGCUCGGUAAGGAGAAGUCGAGUGCUUCAGUUAAUAGCUAUCUGGCAGGUUCAUUUGAGAAGCUGAAGAACAAGUAGUUGAUUUCAUACGUUGUAUGAAAAAAGAUUCUGAAAUGUGGCUGCCGAUUAAUAGAACUCUGCAGCAUUAUCCUCACUUGGAUUUGAUCCAUGAGUGCAAUGAAAUUGUCAACCAAGAAAUUGAAAGGGAAACAUCACGGCUCGGGAAAGAAAUGGAGGAGGAUUUGUGAAGUUGUAUGCGGGCAGAUGAUCCCUAUGAAAUGAAUGAGAGCGAUACAUUUGGAUGAAGCUCGUCCUCUUUGAAUAAGAGAGAGUGGUACUUUUGGCAUUAUGUUUUAAUUGUUGGUAAUGUAUGUUGAUGCUCAACUAAUUCUGCCUGUAGGCCUCUGUGUUGUUAAUAUGCUGUUCUUCAAACUUGUUAUGUUUAAAUAUGCAGUUACUUUGGAUAUUUUGGUGAUGCACACUAUUUUAAAUCCACUUAAAUGAUUUGGCCUUGCA